AUGCACCCAAGUAACCACGAGUUUUUCUCAAGAGCAGGCAAAAGUAGUUUGGAAAGAUUUAAAAUCUUGCAAGAUAAAGAAUUUAUCUUAUAUAACCGUCCCAAAGUUUCAGCUAGACAAGAAUUAUUAAAGUCAUUAAGUGAGUCAAAUCUCAAUUUUAAAAGCAAGCACAAGUUCUUAGGCGAAGAUCUGGAAAAAUUAAUAUCUGUAAUUUAUAUCAAGAGUAUCAAGCCAUAUCAGCAGCAAAAACCACAAAAGCCAAGCCCAUCUGCAGUUUUCAAAGGUCCUGACAGAUCUCAUUUUUCUGUAUUUAAUGUACCAUAUAUCUAGAUAUCAGAAGAAGGAUGCAGGACUUUUGGAGCCUAUGACAUAAAUUAUUCAUUAGUUCACAAACAUGAAGCUGCUUACUCUAUCCCAAAAAAUAAAAGACCAACAAAAAUCGAAUUCGUAACUGAAAGAUCAAUAGUCAUUGAACCAAAAACUAAAAAGAAAAAGAGAAAAAUAAAUGGGAUUCCCUUUGAUAAACAACUAGAAAGGAAACCUAUUUUUGAUGGGCUUCGUGAUUUUAUUAAUAAAACUAGAUUCAGCUCAGUUGAUUUUUCUGAAGAGUCUACAAGUAAAUUUGUGUAAGGAUUAUAUAGAAAAACAAGCUCUCCAGACUUGAGGAAAUAUAGCCCCAGGGCAGAAAUUUUUAAUAUUCCUGAGUUUCAGCCUGAAUAUACACCAAAUAAAGAAAAAAUUUUGCCAAAAUUGGUAAAAUCAAUUAAAUUUGAAAAAAUGCCAAAGAGAGAAGAGCUAUUUAAAAAUGAUGAUCCUAGUCCUGAAACAAAUUACCCAGUCAAAUAUGAUUUAGUAGAAAAAAAACCUAAAAUCUGUGAUUUUACUAAAGAACUGCCAAGGGAAAAAGAUAUCAACUGCUCAUUACCUUCUUAUAUGCAAAUUAGUAUGAGUAGUGAAGAUGUUGAAAAAAAUAAAAUUAUUAAGAAAAAGUAUAAAAUCACAACUUCUCAUGUGGAGCAAGUUCAUGAUAACCCAUCACAAGCCAUUUCUUUAAAUGAUAAUUAA